AAGUAUAUGGCCGGAGUAUUUCCAUCUAUUUAGGCAUUUAGCACAUCCCAGGCGUCCAUAUUACAAUCUGAGAGAAAUCAGGAGGGGCCGUCGGCGUAAUUUGGAGUCGAACGGAGUGCUAAUUCCAGACCCCUCACAACAGACUCAAUAUACACACUCGUGCAAUAUGAUUACAUAGGAGUAGUAUAUUAUUAUUAUUAUUAUUAUUAUUAUUAUUAUUACUCCGUAUUAUUAUUAUUAUUAUUUAUUAUUAUUAUAUGUAUAUAUAUCCACGAAACGGUUAGAAGAACUAUGUUCCCGCUUACUCCCCUUCAUUUUAUACAUGACUAGCUGUCUCAUUUGCUGCUGUACGUUCACCAGAAUAUUUCCGGCUUACUCUUCCCUCUCCCGCCAGCUGCACUAAUCAUCACCUCGUUUUCCUCCGCACAGUCAUCGCCAUCAUCGAAUUUUUCCGGCUUACUCUUCCCUCUCCUGCCAGCUGCACUGAAUCUUCACCUCGUUUUCUUCUGCACAGUCAUCGCCAUCAUCGCUCUGUUCAUUUGCAAUGCAGUCUUUAUUCCUUACUUCUGUGGUUACCCUCAACCUUAAGCCUCGAUCCGCCAUCCCUCUCUUACAGAGGUCUCUGUCUGCCCCAUCGCUCCAUCCAUCACCUUUGUCUUUGAAGAACCACUCUAUCCAAACAAAAGCGUCUGGUAGUCACAGUGGUGGUUAUGCUAUAGAUGAUGAUAAAAAGAAAAUUGGUUCUGCAAGUGAUGCUUCUAACUCUAUCUCUAUUGACCCUAAGACGAUGACAAGGGGAUCACUUUUGUUUGGUACCAUGUACUUCCUGCAUUACGGCAGGAUUGUACUAAAAAAAUUUGGUCUUUUAAACAAGAUUUCUUUUUCGAUCCUUCUUUUGGCAUCCAUGUUGUUUGCAGCAUCAUUUCUGUUUUUUUUAUCUCAAAGAGAAAAACAGAGUUCCUCUUCAAUAGCGGCUGAUACUGCAAAAUGUGUGGCUACACUCAAAGGGAUCAGCACACUUGUUGAGGCUGUAUUUGACUUUCAGAAGGAAGCUGAAUUCAUAAUGCCCAAGAGACAUUGCUGGAUAGGUUUUGCCACAUUUAUGUGCGUGUUAUGUAUGUUCUGCAAGCCAGCCCCAUCCCCAGCCCCAUCCCCAUCCCCAUCCCCAUCCCCAGCCCCAUCCCCAGCCCCAUCCCCAUCCCCAUCCCCAGCUCCAGCCCCAACUCCAACCCCAACCCCAGCCCCAGCCCCAUUCCCUAAAGAGCCUGAAAACACAUGAGGGAAGAUGCUGAGUAACCUAAAGGUUUUGGUCAUAGCACAUUUCUUGAAGAUAAUCAUGAGGAGACUGUUUUCAAUACAUCAAGUGUGAUCUAGAAGGAUCUAUUGCUAUUUGUACACACUGAGUUUUGUUACUGUUCCAUCAAUGACUUCAGUUUACAAUUAAUAUGCCUAGAAUAACUAUAAGCAAAAGUAUAACUGUGCUUCUUACUUUGAUGAAAGACCCAUGCCACUUUGUUUUUAAAAUGAAAAAACAGAACAC